GGUGAGCUUAGCUGCCGGGGCCCGCGCCCGGCAGCCAGGAGCGGGGACACAGAGAGGGGCAUUCGCCGUGGACACGACGCUCCGGGGGGUGGGCCCUUGCUCGGGUGCUCGUCAUGGUGAUAAUAUCAGCCACGGCGACUGUGGAGCUGCUGGUCCAGCCCUCCCAGAGUACAGUGUGGACAGGCCUCCCAUCCUCUUCCUCGUUCCGUCCUUCCUCAGACUUCACACGCAACCUAGGAGGAUUUGGCGGUGCAGGAGAACACCUUCACGUUUCUGUCCUACUUGUCAAAAUCAAGUUAAAGCAACGUAUAUAAGAGAUCUGCUUCACUUCAAGUUUAACUUAUAAAGAAAGAAGAUGGUUCAUUCUGAAGUGGAAUCCUCAAAACCUUAUUCAGCUUCUGCAUCCAGCUGUGGACAUGCUAACAUGACAGAGAAAGGUCAGACGAUGGGGAUCGAGAACAACCUGUAUAGCCAGUAUGAGGAGAAGGUGCGCCCCUACAUUGACCUCAUUGACUCCCUCCGGGCCCUGGGCGUGGAGCAGGACUUGGCCCUGCCUGCCAUCGCCGUCAUUGGGGACCAGAGCUCAGGCAAGAGCUCUGUGCUGGAAGCUCUGUCAGGAGUCGCCCUUCCCAGAGGCAGCGGUAUUGUGACAAGAUGUCCUCUGGUGCUAAAACUGAAAAAACUUGUGCACGGAGAAGAGUGGAAGGGCAAGAUCAGCUACCGGGACCUCGAGAUCAAGAUUUCAGAUGCUUUGGAGGUGGAAGAGGAGGUCAGGAAAGCCCAGACCAUCAUUGCCGGGGAAGGGAUGGGAAUCAGCCAUGAGCUAAUUAAUCUGGAGAUCAGCUCCCCACACGUACCAGAUCUGACUCUAAUAGACCUUCCUGGGAUAACCAGAGUGGCUAUGGGCAACCAGCCUGCUGACAUUGGAUAUCAGAUCAAGACACUCAUCAGGAAGUAUAUCCAAAGGCAGGAGACCAUCAACUUGGUGGUGGUCCCCAGUAACGUGGACAUUGCCACUACAGAAGCGCUGAGCAUGGCUCAGGAGGUGGACCCUGAAGGAGACAGGACCAUAGGAAUCUUGACAAAGCCUGAUCUGGUGGACAAAGGUACAGAAGACAAGGUGGUGGACGUGGUGCGGAACCUGGUGUACCACCUGAAGAAAGGUUACAUGAUCGUCAAGUGCCGUGGUCAGCAGGACAUCCAGGACCAGCUGAGCCUGGCCACGGCUCUGCAGAGAGAGAAGGACUUCUUUGAGGACCACCCGCAGUUCAGGGACCUUCUGGAGGAAGGUCGGGCCACGAUUCCCUGCCUGGCAGAAAGACUGACAACUGAGCUCAUCACACACAUCUGCAAAUCUCUGCCCAUGUUAGAAAAUCAAAUAAAAGAGUGUCACCAGAAAAUAACAGAGGAAUUACAGAAAUACGGCACCGACAUACCAAAUGAGGAGAAUGAAAAAAUGUUGUUUCUGAUUGAUAAAAUUAAUGUAUUUAAUCAGGACAUCAAUGCUUUACUACAAGGGGAAGAAACCGUGGGGGAUGAAGAUACCCGGCUGUUCACCAAACUCCGGAGUGAGUUCCGCAAGUGGAGUGAUGUGAUUGAAGCUAAUUUCAAAAAAAGUUAUGAUGUUAUAUGUAGAAGAAUCUGGACAUUUGAAACUCAGUAUCGUGGCAGAGAACUGCCAGGAUUUGUGAAUUAUAGGACAUUUGAGGCCAUCGUAAAACAGCAAAUAAAAGCUCUGGAAGAGCCAGCUGUGGAUAUGCUGCACAGGGUGACUGAUAUGGUUCGGCUCGCAUUCACAGAUGUUUCCACAAAAAAUUUUGUUGAAUUCUUUAACUUCCACAGAACCACCAAGUCUAAAAUUGAAGACAUUAGAUUAGAACAAGAGAAUGAAGCUGAGAAGUCAAUCCGACUUCACUUCCAGAUGGAGCAGAUUGUCUACUGCCAGGAUCACGUGUACAGCGGUGCCUUACAGAAGGUCAGAGAGGAGAAAAUGGAAGAAGAGAAGAAGAAACUGUCCAAUAGUCUGUUCACUAGCACCCCUUCUUUAUCAGACUCUUCCCUGGCUGAAAUCUUCCAGCACCUGAUGGCCUACCACCAGGAGGUCAGCAACCGCAUCUCCAGCCACAUCCCUCUGACCAUCCAGUUCUUCGUCCUCCAGACCUACGGCCAGCUGCUGCAGAAGAGCAUGCUGCAGCUCCUACAGGACAAGGACACCUACAGCUGGCUCUUGAAGGAGCGAAAUGACACUAGUGACAAGAGGAAGUUCCUGAAGGAGCGGCUGGCACGGCUGGCCCAGGCUCGGCGCCGGCUCGCCAAAUUCCCUGGGUAAAUGGGUUCUCCAUCCAGCUCCGUGUCUCCCAGGCACAUCUCCAGGGAGAAGGGGCUCCACACCAUUCCUGAUAGCUGUGCCAUUAUUAGUUAUCCAUGUAGCAGGUAUUUAAAUAGUCAGACUUUGUAGUCACAGCCUCUGCUUAUCCAUUAGCUGAUGAGGACGUAGUGAGAAGCUACCACGUCCAGUGCUGGUACAGAGGCCCUGCCCUCAGGUGUGGUCUAGAUCGGAUGAAUGUGCCCCUUUCCUUACUAAGAAAAUGACUGUCAGCCCUCAGGAUCCUUCCCCUACUCUGAACUGUCCCCUUCUCUUUAUUAGAAGCCGAGGCAGGGGCCGAGCCCGUGGCGCACUUGGUAGAGUGCUGCGCUGGGAGCGCGGCGACGCUCCCGCCGCGGGUUCGGAUCCCAUAUAGGACUGACCGGUGCACUCACUGGCUGAGUGCCGGUCACGAAAAAAAAAAAAAAAAAAAAAAAAGAAGCCGAGGCAGGCCAAGCAUCCUAGAAGAGUUGUUGCCUGGUCUUGUGACGUCCUGUCACACCCCAGUGAUUUAGGAGCAUCAGUCCCCAUAUGAGCACCAGUAGGAGCCAUGUCCCAUCCCUUUGUAAUAAACUUGUUUCUAGCAGACAUUUGAUAUUUGAUAUUUUGGGGGAAGCCUAAAGACGGCAGCAGGUAGGAGUAACGUGAAGCACACUGGACACAAUGUCUCCCUACCCCCUGCUGGGUAGGAAUGGGGUCUGAUUGUUCCCUAGAGACUAAAGGGAGAUGGGAACAAACUCAGAAAAAGGAAAGAGCGUGUGAAGGCAGUGGCAUUCAUUGCUUAUAGUGUUCACUGAUCAAGUGUCCGAUUGGUUUAGUCACUGGGUACCUAGCAUGGAGUUGGAAAACUAUAGAUGCUGGUGAAGAAAAGGCGCUAGCAGGACUUUGCAUGCAGAUGCUCUGGCUGGGGAGGGGUCUGGGAAGCCGCGAAAGUGGAAUAUUAACCAUGAAGUUAAUGGAGGGAACCGUGGCUUCCUGACUGUUCUCUGUUCUAGCAGGGGGAGAGGGGAAGCUCGCAGACACGCCACUGCACCCUACACCUGAUCCUCCGAGAACCGUGGCUCCAAGUCAGGGCUGCUGCGGGGCCACGAGGCCACGUGGACUCAAGGGCAGGAAAUUGAACAGUGGGCUAUGGAUGGAGGGGACAUGAGAGGACCCGACACCAUGUACUUUAAAGGGAGAGUGGAAGGUCACGAACACCUGAGCCUAGAAAAGAGAAGGCCAGGGGCUGAUUAGAGGGGAGGUGUGAGGACCAGU